ACACAUUUCCACACGCAGCUUCAACAGUUAUUUUUACUACUGACUGGAAGAAAAACAUUAUUAGGGAUUGUAAAGACGCUUCAUUGAUGAGGAUGGAGGUGGACUGUAAGCCAGAGGAUCUGUCUAAGUGCUCGUACGAGGAGCGAGGUGUUGAGCUGGGAGAGGUGAAAGACAUGCGGCUGGAGGCUGAGGCGGUGGUCAAUGAUGUGCUCUUCGCGGUGUCAGACAUGCACGUCUCUCAUAAUCUGAGCAGCGGGCUAGAUGUGGCCUACAUCAACGUUGAAACCAGAGAGGGAAACCGAUACUGCUUGGAGCUCACCGAGGCUGGCUUAAAAGUUGUGGGUCACACCUUUGAUCAGGUCAAUGAUGGUUUGAGCAGCCAGUAUCACGAGACUGUUUACUCUCUCCUGGAUUCUCUCAGUCCAGGAUACAGAGAAGCAUUUGGAAAUGCUCUGCUGCAGAGACUGGAGCGGCUCAAACAGAACGGACAGUGAGGCUUCAGUAUCAUUCACAAUAUCCGUGCUCGCUAGUUCCAUGCUUACACCAUCCAGUGGUACCUUUUUCAGAUUUUUUUAAGCCUGUAAGAUGUUUUAACAGACCUUCUCGGUAUUUAUUUGACAAACUGACUCGCCUGUGAUGUUUUUAAUAUUUUACAUUUUAUUUACAGAAGUAUCAUUGAUACAACCCUGAUUAAUACUCAGCAUUUUAUUUAACUUUUAUGCAAGUGAAAUAACCCUCAGAAAUGCUGUUUUGAGGACUUUUGUUUGAACGAAAAUCUUUUGUUAACAUGCAAGUGCUCUGAAUUUUGUAUGAACUGGAUUCCUCAAAACAUAAGUUUGAGCUCUAUACUGUACACGUAAAGUAUUAUCAUGAAAAACAUAUCAGAUGCCUUACUACUUUCAUUCAAAUUUCUACAUUUAUCCAGUAAAGAGGAUAGCCGUUGUCUGAAAAAUCCUGAUACGUGCAGUUUCUCUUCCUUUUUGCUUGCUUUGAUAAUGUAUCAAACUGUCUGUGAAUGGAAGAGUAGAUCUGCUGCUUCAUCUGUUUUAUUUAUUUAUUUAUUUUUUCUCAGUCUGUAAAAAUCAACAGAAAGAGCCAAAAUGUGGUGGUAAUUUUUCUACCUUCUUCCAAAAGAUAAUUGAGACAUUUAUCAGUUACAUAAGUGGUGCAUUUUAGCACAGACACACAAGCUUUAUACUUUUUAGGAUUUGAGCGGACUCUUCUUCCUCACAAUUACAUUAUAAAGUGACCAGCAUGUUUGUGCUUGACUUUGUUGUGAAGAGAGGGACAUGAACUAUGGAUGAUGAUAGUUCUAUAUCCGCAAGAGCAACGUACAUGUACUAUCUAAUACUAGCUAUUUUAUAAUCUUUUAAAUAACAAUUUUUAUUUUGUUGGGAUGAACGAUUUGAAGUUACUUAGAGCCACUGAAUGACUGGUAAAAUCUAAAUGCGCAAAAUUGCACUAAAGGAAAUAAGGCAGCCAUUUUAUGACUUUAUUUGAAAAAGCUGCAUAAAAACAGGUUACAUUCUGUUUCAUUUCAGUUUAGAACAACAGAAGAUGCUAAUUUCUACAGAAAGUUGUUUUCAGAUGUGUUUCUACCUCAUGUUGGGUUUUUAUUUUGGCCUCUUCUGCAUGCUGGGUUUGAAUAAGGUAUGUUGAUGAUAAACCAGAGGACCAAUUUUGUUCAUCUGCCCUGUUGCGUAAUUUCCUGUGAAAAAUCUCUGUCCCAAACAAAAAAAUCCUAAUAAUUCACAGAAUGUUGGCUGAGACGCACAUGAGGGAAAGGAGUGUGAGAACGUGUUUCUAUGACGUAAGCGGCACAAAUGACUUCUGUACCUGAAGAAAUGUUGCUUGCUUUUGUUUCCUUGUAAUAAAAAGCACACAUUCCAAUGUA